AUGGGCAUUGAGGGCCAUCCAAGAUGCUUUUUGGACAGCUCCUUGCCAAGCCUGUCUGAGCUCCGCUUUGACAUGAUACAUAACGGAGCGGAAUACAAAAACUCCAUUCUAUCCGAGAAGAUGGUGAUGGGGCUGAGGGAGGCUCUUGAGGACAGAUACAAAUACUCAACCACCUGGAAGCUCCUUUUCUCCACCUUCGAGAACGGAUUUUCUUAUAGAACAUUCCUUGCAAGCUUUGAGGAGGAUGGCUGGCCCUUUGUGCUUGCCUGCAAGACAGAAGAGGGAGAGCUGCUCGGUGCGUUUUUCGAGGACAGGAUCCGGAUAUCCAGGACUAUGUAUGAAAAGCCCUCUACAUUUCUAUUCACAACAGCCAGAAGUGCUCCUGUAUCUGAUGGCCUAACGAUUUUUCCUAUACCAAGGAACAGAGGAGUGAACAUAUAUUGUUGUCCAGACUUCCUUGCAUUUGGGUGCAGCGGAGAAAGGUUUGGGCUGUUAAUAAACAAGUCGUUACUCGAUGGAGAAACAUACCCGGUGGAGGCCCUGGAGAACUAUCUCCUUGCAUCUAAGCCCCGGUUUAGAAUAUCUUACAUUGAGCUAUGGCUCAUUCAAAUAUAA